AUGAUUCCGAUUACAACCAGAAAACCAACGUUAGGCGACAUCUUAAACAAUGAAACUUCUUAUCCUUAUUCACUCGAUGACUUCGCUACUUUCCUCGAUCAAACUUAUUGUCUAGAGAAUUUAGAAUUCUAUUUGGCUGUACGAAGAUAUACUUAUUACGCUUGUAAUUUUUACAAUUACUCCUCUUCACCUAUGUCAAAUAUCGUUGAAUCCGACUCUUUUUUUGAGUCCCCUUCUCUAUUAAGCGUCGUUGACCCAGCCUUAACUUAUUAUGAUGAUGAUGCAUCGCUACGUGGUGAUGCACCCGCUCAUCUCGACUUUCUCAAACAAAAAUUACAUGAAUUAAUAACCUCUUUCAUCAUACCAAAUUCACCUAAAGAAGUAAAUAUACCCGCCGAAACUAGAGAUUAUUUAUUAACAAACGUAUUUCAAUAUAAUAAUUAUCAUCCCUCAAUAUUCGAUCAAGUCAAAGAUCAAAUUUACGAAUUAAUGGAAUCAUCAAGUUUCACUCAAUUUUUGAUUGAAGCUGGUAACGUAGAAUUAAGAAUGUCAAGCGAAAGUGAAAGUUGUCAAGAAGAUUCCGAUCAUUCCUCUGUGUUAGGAAGUAAAACUUCCUCAACAAACAUCAAUAACAAAUCUAAAAGUAACAAACAUAUGAGAAGAUUUAAAGAGUUGGGUCACGUACGGCUUUGGACAAUUGUUUAA